AUGGACUGAAGAUUAGUUGGCUACUAUGAUGGAAAGAUCAUGGAUGCUUUGGACUUUCGUUGAGAAGUGGCUGCUAGCCCUGGUGUCGUGGUCCUGGGGUCUCUGCCGUAUUUCUCUCCUGCCUCUGAUAGUAACGUUUCACUUAUAUGGAGGCAUGAUAUUACCUCUAUUAAUAUUUCUGUCCAUAGCAGGUAUACUGUACAAGUUCCAGGAUGUGCUGCUUUACUUCCCCGAGCAGCCUUCCUCGUCGCGGCUUUACGUCCCCAUGCCGACCGGCAUCCCGCACGAGAACAUCUUCAUCCGAACCAAAGACGGCGUGCUGCUCAAUCUCAUCCUCCUCCGGUUCACGGGGGACAAUCCCACCUUCUCGCCAACCGUCAUUUACUUUCACGGGAACGCCGGGAACAUCGGCCACAGACUGCCCAACGCGUUGCUGAUGCUGGUGAACCUCAAAAUAAACUUGCUGCUGGUCGACUAUCGGGGCUACGGCAAGAGCGAAGGGGAAGCGAGCGAGGAAGGCAUCUAUUUAGAUUCCGAGGCCGUGCUGGAGUACGUCAUGACUCGGUCUGACCUCGAUAAGACCAAGAUCUUCCUCUUUGGGCGUUCCUUGGGGGGAGCGGUCGCCGUCCGCUUGGCGUCCGAGAACUCUCACCGGAUUUCCGCCAUCAUGGUGGAGAACACGUUCCUCAGCAUCCCGCACAUGGCCAGCACUCUCUUUUCUUUCUUCCCCAUGAGGUACCUCCCCCUGUGGUGCUAUAAAAACAAGUUCCUGUCCUACCGGAAGAUCUCCCAGUGCAGAAUGCCUUCCCUUUUCAUCUCCGGGCUCUCCGACCAGCUGAUCCCGCCCGUCAUGAUGAAGCAGCUUUAUGAACUUUCCCCCGCCCGGACUAAAAGAUUGGCAAUAUUCCCGGACGGCACUCACAAUGACACUUGGCAGUGCCAGGGCUAUUUCACGGCGCUCGAACAGUUUAUCAAGGAAGUGAUGAAGAGUCACUCUCCCGAAGAAAUGACGAAAAUGUCGUCUAAUGUAACGAUAAUAUAACUAUGAUUCCAGUCUCGUUUCCCCCCCCCCCGAGAGAAAACUGCACUGUACCUGGAUUUUGUGCAAAAAAAAGUGGUGAAGGAUGUCCAUUUUUCAAUGUGUAUUAUGUCUGUACCUAUCUCGAGAGUGAAAUUAAACACGGAGAGGUCUAAUACCGUGCGACCCAGGUAGUUUUUACACUCAGCCGCAAGUGAAUGAGCGCAGUCUGCUUUUUGGUCGAGCGAAUCUCCCGUUUCUUAGACCCAGGCACAUUAAUAAAUGUGUUG